AUGGUGGAGGACCACUCUUCUCUGGUGGCCAGAAAAAGCAAGGAUAAGCCCAGGGGCAAGAAUGCAAUAAAGAAAGGGAGAAUCCUCUUGUUGAAUUUCCUCAUCUUCCACAAGUAUCACAGAGAACGGGUGUCCAGUGCAUUAAGCAACCAUAGCAAUGUCAGGGAAUUUGGGCUUCUGGGUUUUUCUCAUCUCCAUGAGUUCCAGACUCUUCUGUUUGGUUUCAUCCUGUUGAUCUACACAGUGACCAUGCUGGGGAACCUGGUCAUCACUGUCCUCACUUGCCUCGACCCCUGCCUGCACUCUCCCAUGUACUUCUUCCUCUGUAACUUCUCCAUCACAGAGAUGCUGGUCACCUCUACUGUGGUUCCGAGGAUGCUGGCAGACCUGCUGUCCACUCACAGGACUAUGUCCCUGGCUCAAUGCCUGACCCAGUCUUUCUUUUACUUCUCUCUGGGUUCCACCACCUUCUUGAGCCUCACCGUCAUGGCCUUUGAUCGCUACGUGGCCAUCUGUCGCCCUCUGCACUAUCCAACUAUCAUGAGUGGUCCAGUUUGUGUGAGCAAGAAUGAAGUGAUGGACAAUUGCUCUAGUGCUGAAUUCUGCCUGCUGGGCUUCUCUGGGUCUCAAGAACUGCGCCAUGUUCUUUUUGCAAUCUUCUUUUUCUUUGAUUCAGUGACAUUGCUGGGAAACACAGUGAUCAUCAUGAUUGUUUGUGCCGAUAAACGUCUCCAGUCACCCAUGUAUUUCUUCCUAGGACACCUCUCUCUCUUAGAGAUUCUGAUCACAUCUGUCAUUGUGCCCAUGAUGCUUUGGGGUCUGCUGCUCCCUGGGGCCCUGACAAUAUCUCUGGGUGGAUGUGUUGCCCAACUCUUCCUGUACCUCGCUCUGGGGACCACCGAGUUUGCAUUGAUUGCAGUAAUGGCUGUGGAUCAUUACAUGGCUGUGUGUAACCCUUUGAGGUACAGCAUCAUUAUGAACAACCGCACCUGCAUUUCAGUGGUCAUCAUGUCCUGGGCUUUUGGGUUCUUUUCUGAAAUCUGGCCAGUCUAUGCCACCUUUCAGUUUACUUUCUGCAAAUCAAAUCUGUUAAACCAUUUUUACUGUGACCGAGGACAGUUACUGAGACUAUCAUGCGAUGAGACUUUCUUCACAGAGUUCGUUCUUUUUCUAAUGGCUGUUUUUAUUAUUAUUGGCUCCUUGAUUCCUACGAUUGUGUCCUAUGCUUACAUCACUUCUACCAUCCUCAAGAUCCCCUCAGCUUCGGGCCAGAGGAAAGCCUUCUCCACCUGUGCCUCCCACUUCACAUUUGUUGUGAUUGGUUUUGGCAGCUGCUUGUUCCUCUAUGUGAAGCCCAGGCAAACACAGGCAGCUGAGUACAACAGGGUGGCAUCACUGCUGGUUUCCGUGGUGACACCUUUCCUGAAUCCUUUCAUCUUUACUCUCCGGAACGAGAAAGUCAAGGAAGCCCUCCGUGAUGGAGUGAAACACUGCUGUCAGUUCCUUAAAGGUUAG